AUGGCUAGUGGAUUACGGAUUCUGGUCCCCGUCAAGCGGGUGAUUGACUAUGCGGUCAAGCCCCGCAUCAACAAGGCGCAGACAGGCGUGGAGACCGCCGGUGUCAAGCACUCCCUCAACCCAUUUGAUGAACUUUCAAUUGAAGAGGCCGUUCGAUUGCGUGAGCGCAAGGGUCCGCUCAAGGUUGAGAACAUCCUCGCCCUUUCCGCCGGUGGACCCAAGACCCCCGAUGUCCUGCGCACGGCGAUGGCCAUGGGUGCCGAUCGCGCAUUCCACAUUGAUGUGGGCGAUUCCGCAGACGGCGGUCCUGAGCCACUGACCAUCGCCAAGUUGUUAAAGGGUGUCGUGGAAAAAGAGAACAUCAACCUUGUUUUGCUCGGCAAGCAAGCUAUUGACGGCGACCAAGGUCAGACCGGUCAAAUGCUUGCUGGUCUGUUGGGAUGGCCGCAGGCCACUCAGGCCAGCAAGGUCGAGGUGAAGGAUGAGGCUGGUACAGUGGAGAUCACCCACGAGGUGGACGGCGGUGUUGAGACGCUCCGCGCCAAGUUGCCUCUGGUGAUCACCACUGAUCUGCGACUGAACGAGCCCCGCUAUGCCAGCCUGCCCAACAUCAUGAAGGCAAAGAAGAAGCCUUUGGAGAAGAAGACGCUGGCCGACUUUGGCGUCGAGGACACUCGCCGAUUGAAGACUCUGAAGGUUACUGAACCUCCUGCUCGGAGCGGUGGUGGCAAGGUUGAGGAUGUGGAUGGUCUUGUCUCCAAGCUCAAGGAACUCGGGGCGCUGUAA